CUCUGCUGCCAUGUUGUGUCCUGUGCUGCUUUGUGCCACUCUGCUCCUCCUGACACCCCUGGAGAUCACAGAGGCUCGCGCUCUGCAUCCUUCUCCUGAUGCUGUGCAGUUCAUGGAGCAGUUUCUGGAACGCUAUAAUGACCUUUUGACUCUGGACGACCUGGAGAACCUGUUGAACAGCCAACCGGAGGAGCAGUCCACCUUCUCUUCUGGGGUCAAAGCAGCUGAGUACCCCAAAUGGGCUGAUGCACAAACGCAGCCUGAGACCCCCUGGCUGCGCCUGCUGAAGGGUGCCCUGGCCAAUCAGAAGCGUGCAGAACCAGACCGGUCACGGAGGGGAUGGAACCGGGGAUGCUUUGGGCUGAAGCUGGAUAGGAUUGGGUCCAUGAGUGGACUGGGCUGUUAG